AAUUUAUAGGUGUUUGUGCUUAGUUCUAUUGUUUAAGUGAUGGUUAAUCUUGUUUGGUGAUAUAGGAUUGCAUACUUCACCAAACAAUUAAUAUUUCAGAUAUCUAGACUCGGUCUUCCAAUGUUUCGAUGGACUAAAUAUCUAUGCUCAGUCUUUCAGGCCAUAUAUUUCUCUCUUUCUACAAAUACAUGAACCUGUUAUUUAUCUUGGAAAAGAAAUUUUAUAAUAGAUUAUUGGUCCUGUCUUCCAUCGUUUUUUAAAUUUUAUAAUAAAUUAUUGGUCCUGUCUUCCAUCGUUUUUCCUGUCAAAAUAUGCACACUGCAGUAUUAUGACACUAUCUCUGUGAGGGAAAACUUGAUUUCAAAGAAUCCUUUCUCUAUGAAUGGAACUUUGACGACACUUGCUCCGUAGUUAGCACCACAUCAUAAAUGGUGAAAAAGGGGAAGAAUAAAGGGAAGUUGGAAGUGUGAAGAAGGCAUUCACUCCUCCACGAGAGGUGCAUGUUCAAGUAACUCACUCCAUGCCACCAGAAAAGAUUGAAGUUUUUGAUUCUCUGCGCGAUUGGGCUGCACAGAAUCUCUUGGUGAACCUAAAGCCUGUCGAGAAGUGUUGGCAGCCUACUGAUUUUCUUCCUGAUCCUGCUUCUGACGGAUUUGAUGAGCAGGUCAAGGAGCUAAGGGAAAGGUGUAAGGAAAUUCCUGACGACUACUUUGUUGUAUUAAUUGGGGAUAUGAUCACGGAGGAGGCCCUUCCAACUUAUCAGACCAUGAUAAACACCCUGGAUGGUGUUCGUGAUGAAACUGGUGCCAGCCUCUCUCCCUGGGCUAUUUGGACUAGGGCAUGGACAGCGGAGGAAAAUAGGCAUGGUGAUCUUCUCAACAAAUAUCUUUAUCUUUCUGGAAGAGUUGAUAUGAAGCAAAUUGAAAAGACAAUCCAGUACCUAAUUGGUUCUGGGAUGGAUCCUCGCACGGAAAACAACCCCUAUCUAGGUUUCGUCUACACUUCUUUCCAAGAAAGGGCUACCUUUGUUUCACAUGGUAACACAGCUAGGCUCGCCAAGGAGCAUGGGGAUAUGAAACUAGCACAGAUAUGUGGUUCAAUUGCUGCAGAUGAGAAGCGCCACGAAACUGCAUAUACCAAGAUCGUUGAGAAGCUACUCGAGGUUGAUCCUGAUGGUGCCAUAUUGGCUAUUGGUGACAUGAUGAGGAAAAAAAUCUCAAUGCCAGCUCAUCUGAUGUAUGAUGGCAGGGAUGACAACCUCUUUGAACACUUCUCUGCUGUAGCUCAACGGCUUGGUGUAUACACUGCCAAGGACUAUGCAGAUAUUCUGGAAUUCCUGGUGGGGAGAUGGGAAGUGGAAAAAUUGACCGGUCUUUCCAGUGAAGGACGCAGAGCACAAGACUAUGUAUGUGGACUGGCUCCGCGGAUUAGAAAAUUGGAGGAGAGAGCACAGGCAAGGGCCAAGCAGCGAAGUCCCGUUCCUUUCAGCUGGAUUUUUGGUAAAGAGAUAAAGAUAUGAAUGCACUUGUGUUGGAGGGCAAUGUCAUAUUACUUUCUGAUCUUUAAAUUUGCCAUAGAUUUAUGUUAAGAAACUUUAAGGGUAUAUGAUAUGAAGUCUGUGCAGGGUAGUUGAAGCUACUUCACUAGAGUAUUGGCUUUUCUUUUUGCAAUUGUGUUUAGGCCAUAGGGAAAAACAUAGUUCUUAGCAAUAAAGAUGAACCUUUUGGUACCCUCUUUCUUUUUUUCUUUUCAAGUCAAAGGUUAUGUGACUUAUUAGAUGGAUGAAGUAUAUGACUUACUACAUGACAAUUAACAUAUUCAAGGCUA